UCGCGGGUGUGUUAAAUUUUACUGCAAAAGACAACUUACUGGUUUACUAUGGUUGUCUCUUACAAAUUGACCACGCUUAGCUUUCAUAAUGGCGUUUCUCAUUGGUCGCACCCCCGGGAAAAGACCAGUGGUUGCGUGACAAUCGCAAACAAAUGUUCUGUUACUACUGUAUGUACUGUAAAUUAUGUAUCACUUCUUCUCUUGUUUAAACGUAUUUCAGACAACAAUUUAUUCCGUAAAUAUAUAUAGUUAAAAACAACAUUAUUUAGUACCACACUUAACACAGUUAGGUGAUAGACGUUUAUAAGCACUGGUGAGUGGCGCGUGCGAAAUUCUUUGAAUUACUGGUUGACCCUCGCGCACCUUUACGUAUUGUUAGCAACGGCUAACGUUUGCUAUUUUGCGAAAUAACGAGCUAUCGGUCUCCUCUUUCACAACGGUAUAGAUACUGUGUUAUUGCAUCCACACUUAACAGCUCUGAAAACUUUGUUUCUUUUACGUUUAAGUUUAAAAAUGAACUGGGUCGGGGGUUCAAGGAAGCGGUUGGUGAUGAAGAAUGAUGCAAAAAAGCAGAGGGAGUUCUUUGAGAAGAGAAAAAUGGAACAGAAACUGAGAAAACUGGGAGUAGCUAUGCCAGUCUCCUCCGCUGAAGACACGGGUUCUGGUAGUACAGACCUAAUGACCCUGUUUAUUGUCAACCAGAUUGCUACCAAGAAAGCAAAUAAAGAUCCUCCAAAAGUAGCAGUUCUCAGCAGCUGUAAAGGGAGAUCAAUGCAGUGGCAAAAUAGCCCCCUGGUGCUCCCAAUGAGCCCCUGUUCCCCUUCACAGCUGAGCCUUGUUGAGAGCCAGCCUCAUUGCAGAGUUCAAGGAAUCAGUAAUAGAAAGAAUUUUAUUACACAGAAAUUCAAGGGUCAACAGUUGUCACCAGUACUGGAAUCAGCGUUUUCAGACAAUAGUGCAUCUGACUACUUGCCACCAAUAACCAACCCCUCCAGCCCUACCCCCUCCACAUCAUCAGCCUCAUCAGGCCAAGGUAUGUUCCCCCUGCAGAUGAAUCUACAGAGACAAAACCAGACUCAGUUCCAGCCUCUUCCCCAUUUCUCCCCUCCACCCUGGCAUACAUCAGUACAACGGCAGACAUUGUUUCAGCCUUUCUCCCAACCUAGAGCUAUGGCAGAUGCUGCACCUUGGGCCUGCAGACCAAACUCACCCCUCUUCCAAUUGAAGACCCCUACAGCAGCCCGGGGCCUCUUUGGAAGUCCAAAAUCAGAUGAAACUGAAGCAAGAGAUCACGAAGGACAUGCAGGGAGCUUAUUUCUCAAACAACAGGAGGACAGGGAGCCCAUGGGGGACUUCAUGUUUAACCAGCCUGAAACUAAUCACUUGUUCGAGGAAGACAUAUCCAGGGGCUUUGGCAAUGAGGAGUAUGAAAGAGAAGCUUCUUACUCUGGUUAUACAAAGUCUAAAAUAUGCCUGGUAGAUGAAACAUCAGUCAGAUCUUCAGCACCACAAACUGUGCCUGACCCUGAGUCCAUGAGAGUGGAGCUUUCCAGCUGCACUGAUAUGAACUCCCCAUGUCUCGGACAAAACACUGGGCAUGUGAAUGAGUGGAAAAAUUCACCAAGUUGCUCUUGCAGAGCAUGUUAUCAGAGUUCAGACUCCAGUGAUGAUGAAGUAAGCUAUGGGUCAAGUUUCCAAGCCUUUCACUCUUGCAUGGAUCACACCUGUUGUGCAGAUCAUCUAAACAAAACCUCUGGAAACCAAGGCCAACAGAUGGGGAGCAGGAUGUUUCUGUCUCAAUCUCCUCUCCCUCUGGCUCAAACUAACUCAGAGCUCUGCAAAUGCAAGAAAACACCCACUGAAACUCAAGAUGUAGGGACUCAAACACUGUACUGCUGCACACCUGACACUUGUGAUGCUUCCACUCAGUGCAACUUUGUUUCAGACAGUGAGACCAAAGCUUCAGGCUUUAGCGUAUAUCGACCUAACGUUGACGUGUUGGAACAGCAACCAGCCACUGAGAGGCACACUUGCGCUGGGCCACAGAUACUCACAGCCUCAUUGGAUAACUCAAAAAGGGAAGGGAAGCAAAUAUCUUGGAGCAAAAACAAUUCAAAGGCUGGUUCCCUGUCAGGAAGCAGCAGUUUUCACACGUUCACUGCAAGCAGCAGUACCAAAGUGAUCCUACAGAGACCAACAAACCCUUUUCAAGAGGUCUUGACUAUGAGAGGUAAGGAGAAUGUAGAGGGCAGAGGGGAGAGGCAGCAGCAUGAGAAUAGCCCUCUGGUUAAAGAUGUAGCAGGUGAAGAAAAGGAGGAAAGUACAUCUGCUGGGAAAUGUAACGCACUCUCAGAGGAGGCUGAGAUGCUUCAGGAAAUAGCCGAUAUUUUGCUCCUGCUGAAGCAGAGGAAGAAGGAAGAGUAAGUUGAUCUAAUUGAAGACAGGUAGACAGAUAAAAGGACAAUAAGGAAAUAAAAAUGACAUCUGUUGUA